AUGUCCACUCCCAACGCCGAUUCCGGCACGGCGCCGCCUCCGCGCCCCACAAUCACCCUCCCUCCGCGUCCCUCCGCCGAGGCCUUUUUCUCUGCCGUCGGCGGCGCCAGUCCCGGUCCCAUGACCCUCGUCUCCAGCUUCUUUGGCUCCGACGCCGCUGCUGACUGCCGCUCCUUCUCCCAGCUCCUCGCCGGCGCCAUGGCCUCCCCCAUGGCCUUCUCCGCUGCCGACAACUCCGGCAAGGACGAUGAUGGGCCUCACAAGGGCUUCAAGCAGAGCAGACCCAUGAAUUUGGUCAUUGCUCGUUCCCCUGUCUUUACUGUCCCACCCGGGUUGAGCCCUUCUGGGUUUCUUAACUCCCCUGGCUUCUUUUCCCCUCAGAGCCCUUUUGGGAUGUCCCACCAACAGGCUUUAGCACAGGUUACAGCUCAAGCUGUCCUAGCACAAUCUCAUAUGCACAUGCAAGCUGAUUACCAGAUGCAUGCAGUAACAGCUCCUACUGAACCACCAGUACAACAGCCGUCUUUUGCUGUAAAUGAAGCUUCAGAGCAGCAAAUAGUUUCAUCUGUAUCAGAAGCUAAAAUUGCUCAAUUGGAACCGUCGGAUUUCUCGCAGACUGAUAAGAAAUAUCAGCCGAAUUCCCAGAUCAUUGACAAACCUGUAGAUGAUGGCUACAACUGGCGUAAGUAUGGGCAGAAGCAGGUUAAGGGCAGCGAGUAUCCACGAAGCUACUACAAAUGUACACAUCUGAAUUGCCUUGUGAAGAAAAAAGUUGAGCGUGCCCAUGAUGGUCACAUAACUGAAAUUAUCUAUAAAGGUCAGCAUAACCAUGAAAAGCCUCAGGCAAAUAGACGUGUCAAGGAUAACAGUGAUUCAAAUGGAAGUGCAAUUGUUCAGCCUAAGUCUGAGUCAAACUCACAAGGUUGGGUUGGACAACAAGUAAACAAGUUUAGUGAAAACAUUCCCGAUUCUUCAGUCCCUGAAAGUGACCAGACCUCCAAUCAAGGGGCUCCUAGGCAACUACUACCUGGGUCAAGUGAGAGUGAGGAAGUGGGUGAUGUAGAUAAUAGGGAAGAGGCAGAUGACAGUGAGCCAAACCCUAAGAGAAGGAAUACUGAUCUUGCAGUUUCUGAAGUACCUCUGUCUCAGAAGACUGUCACAGAACCCAAAAUUAUUGUUCAAACAAGAAGCGAAGUUGAUCUUUUGGAUGAUGGCUACAGGUGGAGAAAGUAUGGUCAAAAAGUGGUGAAGGGAAAUCCUCAUCCUAGGAGUUAUUACAAAUGCACUAGUGCAGGAUGCAACGUGCGUAAGCAUGUUGAGAGAGCUUCAACCGACCCCAAAGCUGUCAUAACCACGUAUGAGGGUAAGCACAAUCAUGAUGUGCCUGCUGCUAGAAAUAGCAGCCACAACACAGUUAGCAGCAAUUCAAUGCCAUUAAAACCGCACAGUGUCGUUCCAGAGAAGCAUCCUUUGCUUAAAGAUAUGGAUUUUGGAAGUAAUGACCAAAGACCUGUACAUUUGCGCCUAAAAGAAGAACAAAUCAUAGUAUAA